AUGGCGUCAACGUUAGCUGAGUUUGAAGUUCAAUGGGAAAUACAGAAGACAGACUUGAAGGGGAAUCUCAUUGCUGAAACUCCUAGGCGAAGAAGAAGAGGAGAUGCUACAGAACAUGAAGUGAUUAAUUUGGUACGAUACGAUGGAGUCAGACUUUAUCCUGGUGUUACGAUUGUGUGCAAGGUAGAGGGUGCAGACGAGUUAUCAGCGUAUAUGAUCCAUGAGGUGCGAUUGAAUACAAGCAAUUACGUAGAACUCUGGUGUUUGAACUAUUUGAGUUGGUACGAGAUCAAUGCUGCGGAAAGAUAUAAACAGCUUGAUGGAGAGUUUUAUGAGACUAAUAAGGAAAAAGGUGACAAAUUUUUUGAGGAAACCUUCGCGUCACAAUCGAUAAAGAACGAAUUGUAUUUGACAGCUGAGCUUUCAGAGAUUUAUCUACGGGACUUGCAAUUUGUAGCUAAUAUUAAAAAUGAAAAGGAGUAUUUAGACUCUGUCAAUGAAGGGAAAAUGGAUUCUAAUAUGUUUUUAUGUCGAUCUGCAUGCUUGCCUUCAGGAACUAAUCUGGCGGAUUUAGAUAUACAUUUCUUUGAAGAAAAAAUACGUUCCUCGAAUCCUAAGGUGUCUCUGGAGUAUUUGCGUGAUAUUACUUUACCCAAGCUUCCAAAACCUUUAAAUAAAUCCAAGGUCCACGCACGAGAGAAGGUAGUGGCGACGAAAUUGCAGUCCGACAACACACCAAGCAAAAAAAGCUUUCAACAAACAGUGAGCAAAACCAACGCUGAAGUCCAACGCAUUGCAUCUACUAUUGUUAACGAAAAGGAAGCUAUAUCAGAUAAUGAAUCGGAUUUAUCUGAAUAUCACGAAAGUAAAGAAGAGUUUGCAAACGCAUCCUCUUCGGACAGUGAUGAAGAGUUUGAAGAUUACCAGUCUGCAGAAGAGCUUGCAAUUGUAGAACCUGCCAAGAAAAAGGUGAGAUCUAUUAAACCAGAUAUACCCAUUUCACCAGUAAAAUCACAGACUCCAUUGCAGCCAUCAGCAGUUCAUUCAUCUCCUAGAAAGUUCUUUAAGAAUAAUAUAGUGCGCGCUAAAAAGGCAUAUACUCCAUUUUCCAAACGGUAUAAGAAUCCGAAGGAUAUUCCUGACUUGAACGAUAUUUUCCAAAGGCAUAAUAAUGAUUUGGAUAUAGCUGCAUUAGAGGAGAGAUUCAGAACAGUUUCUGCUAAAGGCAAAAUGGAGACUAUUUUUUCUAAGGUGAAGAAGCAAUUGAACUCAAGGAAUAGCAAAGAAGAAAUUGUCAAAGCUGCUGAUUUCGACAAUUAUCUUCCGGCAAGAGAAAAUGAAUUUGCAAGUAUAUACCUCUCACUUUACAGUGCAAUUGAAGCAGGCACUAGCACCAGUAUUUACAUUGCCGGGACGCCAGGCGUUGGUAAAACUUUGACGGUUCGAGAGGUAGUUAAGGAUUUAAUGACAUCUGCAGACCAAAAAGAACUUCCAAGAUUCCAAUACAUUGAAAUCAAUGGUUUAAAGAUUGUCAAAGCAAGUGAUAGUUAUGAAGUCUUUUGGCAAAAAAUAUCUGGAGAAAAGCUUACAUCUGGAGCUGCCAUGGAAUCUCUGGAGUUUUAUUUUAACAAAGUUCCAGCUACGAAAAAACGUCCUAUCGUUGUGUUAUUGGAUGAGCUUGAUGCAUUAGUUAGCAAGAGCCAAGAUGUAAUGUACAACUUCUUUAACUGGGCUACCUAUUCAAAUGCGAAACUUAUUGUUGUAGCUGUCGCAAACACCUUAGAUCUCCCCGAACGCCAUCUUGGUAACAAGAUUUCGUCCAGAAUUGGUUUUACUAGAAUUAUGUUCACUGGUUACACGCAUGAAGAGCUUAGAACAAUCAUCAAUUUGAGACUUAAAUAUUUGAACGAAUCUAGUUUCUAUGUCGACCCGGAGACAGGGAGUUCGUACAUGAUCUCUCCGGAUAGUAGUACUAUAGAAACUGAUGAAGAAGAAAAGCGAAAAGACUUCUCUAACUAUAAACGACUAAAACUUAGGAUUAAUCCUGAUGCCAUUGAGAUUGCAUCAAGAAAAAUUGCUAGUGUCAGUGGUGAUGUGCGGAGAGCUUUAAAGGUGGUCAAAAGAGCGGUAGAAUAUGCGGAAAAUGAUUACUUAAAGAGGCUUAGAUAUGAGCGACUAGUCAAUUCCAAAAAAGAUACUAGUGGCAAUGGUACAGGAAAUGAAGAAUUACAGAGUGUAGAAAUUAAGCAUAUUACCAAGGCAUUAAACGAAAGUUCGACCUCUCCGGAACAACAAUUCAUAUCUGGUCUGUCAUUUAGCGGAAAACUUUUCCUAUACGCAUUAAUCAAUUUAAUUAAGAAGAAGCAAACUGACGUACAACUUGGUGAUAUCGUAGAAGAAAUGAGGCUCCUCAUUGAUGUCAAUGGGAAUAACAAAUACAUUUUAGAGUUGAAACGGAUUUUAUUCCAAAAUGAUUCUGUUGAUACAAAGGAACAGUUAAGGGCCGUGUCUUGGGACUAUAUUUUAUUGCAAUUAUUGGAUGCAGGUGUUGUAGUAAGGCAAUAUUUGAAGAAUGAGAGGCUCUCGACGAUCAAAUUAAAUAUUUCCAUGGAAGAUGCGGAGCAAUGCUUGCAUGAAGAUGAAAUGUUGAAGACAUUUUAG